CUCGACCCAGUCACAGUGACCGAGUGUCGUUUUUCAAUGGCGGAUACAAAUAUGCCAUCUGUAACGAAUUCUGGUAAGUUUUUGUCUUAUAUUUCUCAAGCAAACACAUUUUUAGGCUGGAAAAUGUAUUACUGGAUUUAGUGCGUGAUUAAGAAUAUAUAGUACCAUGUCAACCUUCCUGUUGUACAUAUAACCAUCACAUUGUGAUUUAUAAACUUAAAACUUUAUAUUCCAACCUUUCUGUUCACCUUUGUGGACAGUACAUUGAACUAUAAUAUAAAUAAACUGGAAGGCUAACUGCUAUGAUGAAGGCCUAUGAUUUGAUGAAGCCAAAAUAGUUUUUCUGAGUUAUGAGUAGAAAUACUUGAUCCCAAAACGUUGGGCUAUAUAUCGAAUUGAAGCUAUUGAAAAUUGCUAUUCAGUGUGGAAAUUUGAAGACUUCAGCGAAAAGAAAAAUAUCUAAAAAAUGCAAAAACAACUGCAAAAUGGUAAUUUAUUGACUUCAGUUUCAUAUACGGCACCACGUUCUGUGUUGAGUAUUUCUGCUCAUAACUCAGAAAAACUAAAAUGCACUGGCUUCAAUCCCCCCCCCCCUGAGUUAGCCUUCCAGUUUAUUUAUAGUUCAAUGGGACAGUACCACUAUUCAGACAGAAUAUUUUUAAAGCAAAAUUUUCUACCUGUAUAUUGUUUUGCUGAUAACUCUCCCACAGCAACAUUUUAAUUUUUAAUUACCGGUCAGGGUUUGUCUUAAAGUGAUUAGUAUAAGUUAUACAGUAUGUUGUCCAAUUUUCGGACAGUACCACUAUUCGGACGAAAUUUUUUGUUGCCAAAUUUUUUUAUGAAGAAUAGCAAAAAAAUGAAAAUCAGUAGGUUCAGAUGAUUGCUUGAUAUAUCUUGAAUCUUGCUCUGUAUUUUUGACGUUUUUGCUGUUUUUUGUGCAAACAUGAACACUUUGAGUAAAGGUCGGCCAACAAUAUUUUCUUAAAAGUGGCAUAGUUUACGACAAUGUGAUCAGGCAGUACAUUUCAGAAGAUUGAUUAUGCAAAAAUAUACUGCCGAAUCAUUAAAUUUUUUAGCUGAAGGAAGGUUAUGGGCAGAAAAUUUUACUACAACAAUAAUCAUUGCUACUGUCAUAAAAUUUAAGAAAUUUCUGACUUUUAAAUUAUGAAACAUUUUUUGAGGCGCUUACCAAUACUCGGACGAUGGCUUAAAGUUGACAAUCAUAUGACUAAAAUCACGAGUAUAUUUAAUUAAAGGUGAUAUACAGUCCGAUCUGCGCAUGUGCACAAAUGAGCCCACUUUUUAUGAUACAAACAGUUUAACAAUGUUUUGAGUUCUUGAAAAGCCUGAUUGUUGUUUCUUGAUCAUUUAUUAUACUCUAGAAGCUUGAAAAUAUAAAUAGUUGUCGAAUAAAGCUCAAUAUUUUGGACACAAAAAUGUAAACAAAGGCUUUGUUUACAUACGGACUGUAGAUCACCUUCAAUAAAAUUGUAUCUUUAAAAUGUUUAAAGAGUGUACAAGCUGUUUAUAUUUUGAUAAACUUUCGAUUUCAAUAAUUUUGUUGAUUUUAGUUCAAAGCGAGUUUGGAUAUUAUUAUGUGAAUCUGUCCACCGGAGAAUUGUAUAUCUUAAAGUGGGCUUUACUUGCGAGUAACCUGACUGAAAUUUAAUACUAGAAUAUGGUUUAAAUAAUUAUGACAUUUAUUUCUAUUACAUAAACAAGCUUCCAGUACAUAUCAAAAUACAGCGUUACCUUCGAGAGGAAAACGGCCAUAUUAUAUGUGCCCGAAUAGCGGGCUAGCUGUCUGAAAUGUGGUGAUGAAAAUGAACUACUUGUUUUCGAUAUUACAGAAAAAAUAAAGAACUUUAGCGAUGUAUCUCUUAGAGUAAUGUAGCAAUGGGAAGUGGUCGUCAUCUGUACAAAUUUGAACCUUCUAGAAGUCUUAAUAGUGAAAACACUUUACUGUCCGAAAAUUGGACAACAUACUGUAUAAGUAGUGUUUGAACUUUGAACAACUUUUUACCUUAAUGUCUCAAUCAAUUCCAGGGUCGGGCAUUUGCUAUCUGCAGGUUAGCCCCAGGGUGGGGAAUUUGCUUGAGGCUAAAAAGUCAAAUAUUUCUCGCUAAACUGGUAAACCGGGCUGACUUACAAGUGGCGAGAUCUCACCUGAUAGAUUGUUUUUAUAUGUUUUUGAGAUUUGAUUCACAUGAGAACCAGGCUGGCCCGGUUUGCCGAGCUCCUGUUUGAGCGAGGCGAGAUCGUGCCUUUCCGGGCUCAUAUGAACACACUUUUAAAACGGGCAUGCUUUAUUCUAUCUAGAAAGCAUCUAAGAAAUUAUUAAAAAAAAGUAAGAAAUCAACAAUAUUAAAACUUCUGAAGCAGUUUCUAUCAAUAAAAAUUUUUCAAAAUUAAAACAAAUAUCGCGUUCCCGCCAAAAGUCGCACAGGAAUUUCUUAUAGCGCUUGCCGGGCUAGCCCACCUCAUGUGAAAUAAAUAACAACUUGGCCCAGCAAAGCGAAUUAGCCCAGUUUAAUGGGCCAGCCCGGCUCAUAUGAACAGGCCUUAAGCACUCAAUCAGGGUUCGAAUUAGUUGAGAAAAAAAUAUGUGCAACUUUUUUUUUUAAAUGUGGCUCUAAAUUUUUAUAAAAUAGGUUCAUGAUUGUCUUAGCUAUUGAGACAAACAUCUACUCAAUCAAAGUGCAAUAAUUUAAUUAUUUGAAUACGUUUUAAUUAAACAUUGUUUGCCAUCAUUGAUAUACAAUAUUAAUCAGUCUUGUGUUUGUCUGUCUUGGUGGCUAAAAUUCGACACCUUCCAGUCUGCAAACAUGUUGCUAGUGUGCAUGCAAGAGCACUUGUUUAUAGCUUAUACGACAACAGAUUGGCUUUGUUUAAAUCUAUAAAUAUGGAUGGAUGUUCAUUAAUAGUCCCAAUUCAGUAUUUGGUCCAGAACAAUGUGCACACUGUUAAUUCAAACCCUGUUUAACUAAAUUGCCUGACUGGAAAGUUUGGAAAACGCACAACCGAGAUUUUGAAAAUUUAAUAGUAAAUAUGUAGAAAGCAUCAAAAUUGCAUGCGCCUGAUAUCUUGGUUGUGCGAUCCACACUCGUCUGGCUAAAUUGAUUUAUAAUUUUAGGAAAUCAUUUUGUUCCUGUUGAUAUUGCAACUUACAAGCAAAAAUACAGGAUUUUGAAACGAAAAUUAAAGUUCCUAUUAUAUGUAAGUUAGGACUAGUACAGUAGCUGUUCUGUAAUGUCUCACGGAACAGUUUCAUGACACACAUUACAUACAUUUGAAUUUUUCCACUGUUGAUGUGAUAUUCAGGCUUUUAAAGUCUUUCAAAGUCUUUCAAUUUCACUUGUUAUUAGUAUUAUUUCUGUAUUAUUAAUAGAUUUCAUAUUUAGUACCCUAUCGUGUGAGACACAUGUGCAAAAAACUGUAGUUGCAGUAGCACAAGAAGUGAUAGGUUAGCCCCCACAGUUUCCAUUUCUUCCCUUGCAUGUCAUCCCAUGCACUCCUGGGUACAAGGCUGGGCAACAAGGCUGAGCAACAAGGCUGAGCAACAAGGCUGAGCAACAAGGCUGAGCAAAAAGGCUAAAUGUAAAUGAGAAUGGUCUUAAAAGUGGAAACUUUUGCUUAAAAUUAUGUACUAAAGGUAUGCUAGCUUCCUACACACAUGCAUAAUGAGAUGUGUAGCUGUCUGUUUACUUUUUGGAAUGCAGUUGUUGAUGUUUGCCAAAGUACUUUGGCAUUAUACUGUAACUCCUCCACAGACACAUUACAGGAGAUACCUUAAUUAUAAUACAGGGUUAUUGUGUAAAUAUGGUAAAUGUUGCAUUUUAGACUGCAUGUUCUAAAAGGAACUUUGGAAUACGUGACGUCAAAAGAGACUCCAUUAUUAACCCAUUGAGUCACAUUGCGCCCUACUUUAUUAUUUUACUCUGUCUAUAACGCCAUAUUAUUUUAUUCUCUCUAACGCCAGACGAUUUUACUCAUCAAGGGGAGAGCGCAGGCGCUUAAUGGGUUAAUUACUGUAGUUACAAUAUAUUUUCCUAUAAAACUGUGGUGUAAGCAUUUAUAUCUUAUUCUAAAAAUUAAUGUUCUGUGCAUUGAGCAGGAACAAGAAAGUUUUCAAGAGGAACUUCGAAGAUCCCAAAGGAAGCUUUUAAGAGUUUCCAAAGAUAAAAGGUCGGUGUGAACAACAUAUUUGUUAAAUGCUUGAGUUUCAGUACUAUCUAUGUAUCGUGAAUUCGCCUCCCGAGUGUCCACGAUAAGUCACAAAAUGUUAUUGCUAACUCACAAUUGUAUAAUCCUUUUAAUAAAUCUCAAACUUUAACAAAUAAAAUCAACUCUCUCACGUUUAACGUUUUUAGUACGUUUUUCCGGUAAUCGUUCCAUGUUUCGCGCACCAAUAUAGUAAACGUUAUGUAAUGGAUAUUAUAGUGUAUUGAAAAGUUCACUAGAUACCUCCAUACACAUAUAUACACACCCUAACCCCAACCCUAAACCUAACCCCUAAUACCUAACCCUAAAGCCCGUUCUCCACUACGCGAAUUUGUUCGCGCGACGCGAAGCGAAAACCGAAAUCCGGCAACGUGAUUGGUCGGCGAAAAAAUUCGCGGCGAAAAAGUAGGAUCGCUUCCUACUUUUUAUCUGUUCGCGCGAAUAAAUUCGCCUAGUGGAGAACGGGCUUAACCCUAACCUAUAUUGGUGCGCGAAACAUGGAAUGAUAACCGUUUUUCCCGUCGCCAUCUUUUGAACCAUUACAUAUUUUCUUACAUAACGUACUGUUAUCGUCUAGCCCGCGAACGGGCAAUUUAUCCCUAUUUAUCCCUACACCAGUAAAUCUCCAACACUAUGUAUUCCUUGGCUGGAGGUGGUGCUCCUACCUUCCGUCAGUUCAGAAAGUGUCCGGACACUCAUGCAGUAAAACAUGGCGGAUUUUGGCCUCUGCUGAUGCCAGUGGUCCUUAUUUCCCAUGGUAAUGGACCAUUUGCAUUAUAGACUAAAUUUUGAUCUCAACAAGUCUAGAUAAAAAUUUCAUCACAGCUUGAAAGAGCAUCACAAAAUUAGUAAUAUUCCAAAGUUUCGUUGGGAAAUGUUGUAAAAUGCGGAUAGUAUAGCCUUGCGAAGUUUGCCGUUUUUCAGUCAUUACAGCCCCAAAGGGUAUUGGGCUGUCAAUUUCCCCCGCGUAAUGUAAAAUGACUGAAAAACGGCAAACUUCGCAAGGCUAUAUUAUCCGCAUUUUACAACAUUUCCCAACGAAACUUUGGAAUAUUACUAAUUUUGUGAUGCUCUUUCAAGCUGUGAUGAUUUUUUUAUCUAGAUUUGUUGAGAUCAAAAUUUAGUAUAUAAUGCAAAUGGUCCAUUAAUCACUGGCCAACAGCGUUUCUAAGCCUCUUAAAUAUAUUUUAUAUUUUUUACAUAUACAGUAUGCUUUUGAACAAAAAAAACCUUGUGGUCAAGCACUUUGCUAAGUGCUUGAUCUUUUUACACCACCACGUACUGACGCCUUAUACAUCUCACAGCCAUGGCCAAAUUGACGACGUGAUUUUUGAAAAAAUCUUGUAGUAAAACAGGUGUCUAUUAUGGCAUCUACUUAACGAUUAAUUGGCGUCAAAUAUCGUCAAAAUUCGCCAUGUUUUGCGGACAUUUUUUGUGCCCAUGACUUCCUCCAGUAAUAUUGUAUAGUUGAGACUCCGUGAUGCCAACUCGCAAUAGACCUUUUUCAAAAUGACGUCAAACGCGGAUAAACGCUUAGACUUAGUGCCAUUUCCCAACAACUUGCCAUGCAAAUCAUUGCCGAGCCAAAUUUCAUGUUAGACAUCGUAUUAAGUAUUUAAAUUUAUGUCAUUAUGAAAAUACACUAUUUAAGUCAGACAUGUUAGUACAACUAUGCGUUGUUUGCAUGUUAUGUCACGGCGGUCAUGGUGGUGGUAUUUCAACAAAAGAAUAUCAUUAUCUUUCAUUGACGCCACCAACAGGCAACAUGGCUCCCGUUUUAUUGUACCUACAUGUGUAGUGUAUAUGAAUCAAAACUUUUUUAUACAUACUGUACAUGCCAUACAUGAUCACCAUGGUAUGCAUAUGUACGCUAACUAAAUACAGACACUUCAUCGAUCGGUCGGGCUUGAUUAAUUUUCAUAUGUACUAUAAUUUACUGUUUUAGUCGGAUUCAGUAAUCAUUUUAAUUCUUUGUUUCACAGUAUACAUUUUCUGAACCCUCUUUUCUAGUUUUCUCCUCGACCAACUUUUACAAGUAGAAGGACUUGAUUUCCCUUCCUCUGGUAAGAAUUUCCUUCUUCUUUUAAGCUUGAGAUUUUUUGAAAAAUUGCGACAACAUACUGUGUGUCUGAUUAAUGUAUAAAAUAUCAUUUGUAUACAGAGGAUGAAGAAACUGCCAUAUCAUCGAGUGAUGACGAACUACAAAAGGUGUGGACCUGUACUUAAUUCUUAAAGAUUCUUAACAUAUACGGGGAUGUGCACUUGACCACAGUGGUUGGCUGUUGUGUAUUAAACGUAACUCUAUAGUAGAUUAUGCACUUACUGUAUAUGUAUCCUUAUACUAUGGAAAUAGCAUGGAUCUUCGUCAAUCUCGUACCCAGAGCAAUGCCUGUGCGCGGGCUAGGAUGGCAUUGGCUCUGGGGAAAUUGAAUUUUUCCUGUGCUGUGAUUGGUUUAACGUUUAUCAGUAGUGCAUGCCGACAAAGAACCGGAACCCCUAAAUUUAGGGGUUCUGGUUGUCAAUUUCCCCAGAGCCAAUGCCAUCCUAGCCCGCGCACAGGCAUUGCUCUGGGUACGAGAUUGGGAUCUUCGUUGGAAUUAGUACGGAAGUCCAAAUUUCAUACUAAUUGCAAUUUUUAUACUAUGGAUAUACUAUGGAUAUACUAUGGAUUUAGUGAUGCAAUUGCAAAUUCUAUAGUAAGGAUUUCACCUAUACACAUAAGAAAUUACUUGAUAUUCAAUAUUUAGACAAGGAUCAUACAUAUAAAGGAUAUCAGUUGUCAUUUUUUAUACUACACAUUUUUCAAUGCGUUGAGCACAAUGUUGUGAUUUUGGUACAAAUUGGCCAGUCCUGUUGGUAAACAAAGAAACAUUUGUGCGGAUUAUGAUUUUUCCAAGCCAUGUUUCCGGGAAGUAUAGGUAAACCAGGGAACAUGGUUUCCACAACAAAAGUCUCACUUGGGAAAUACAAAUUUCGGUAUUACAGCGGGGUGAGAGCUUGUUUUGCCCGAACAAUCUUUGACAGAGAAAGAAUGGUUACGUUACCGCUUACUGUACAGGUUAUAGCCUUUAUGAUCGUUUUGAUGGUUUCCCAUAAGAUGUGCAUCUUGAUUGGUUACAGAACUGUUACAUUGAAAAUUCAGCUUCUGUAUUUUUUUCUGUAUUAUUGUAGCGGUUAAAUAACUAUGGGCAAAUAUGUCGAUAAAAUUAAAAUUUCUGUCAAUCUAGCAAAAAAGGAUUCCUUGUCACAAAUUAUAUAAGAACACAGAAAACUAAUUUGAUUGCCGUAUUUGCCUAUAAUCUGAUAACCGCUACCGGUAAAACAGAACAAAGUACAGAAAAUCGGAACCAACAGUGGAAGUGGGAAGAUCCUUGAAUUUUGACUGUAACUAACAACAUCUAAAAUAUCAUUUUCAGAAAAUCGCUGCAGAUAGUGGUCCAAAAGAGAAAAGGUGAAAAUCGUGGUGUUGACUUGCCUGUUUUUUAUUCGUUUUACAUUGGAUGAGUUUUAGUUACUGUGUAUUUUCAACCAGGUCCAAGAAGCAAGCCCAAGGAGUUUCCAACUCGCCUAUUGAUUCGUCCAUUCAUCACCAAGCAACGUCUACGCAAGACACUGUAAGUGUUAGAAAUAAUUUAUUUUGAUAACUAAAUAUUUGUACAUUCCCAUCAUUAGACCUACUGUAUACAGUAUAACAUUUGCAUUAAUUUGACGGUGUUGGAAACUUGGAAAGUGCAUCGGAUACCGGUAUCCGAUAUCCGCGGUAAAAUAUUAAAUAUACACACCCGGCAGUUCUCUACUUGCGGUAGAAUUUUGAUUUAUAUUUACCAGAUACUAUUCAAGCUUCCCAUUCUCUCGUGCCCGCGAAUACCGCCUGCUACGCAGGCUAAGAUACCACUGGAACUUUUAUUAGAAUCCGGAAGAAAUGUUUCCUUUGUUUUUUUUUUAUGUGUUUAAGCUGGGAAACGAGUAGAGCUGUGCGGUUCCAAAAAAUUUAUCUCGGUUCCAUGUUUUUUGGAAUGGAAUAACCUCGGUUCGGUUUCGGUUAUUUGCAAAAAAAAAGAACAGUACAAAUGUAUGAGCUCAUUUAUAUAUGUUUCGAGCAUUGUUACUAAAUAGAUGAAUUUAUGCAUUUGUAAGUUUGUAUAAAUCUCUGAAUAUUUUAAAAGAACAACUGGAAUUUAUUUAUGAACAUGAAAUAUUUCUUUUUUAAAAACAUUUAAAGCAAGUUCACAACAAUAACUAUCACAACUAAAAUAUCAACUAUUUGAGCACUUAGUACAGUGCAUAUUGUGCACAAAGAGCACAACUUGUUAUUUUCAAAACAUUUCAACCUGCAAUCAGGUGGGCGUUUGGCGGGCGUUAAACGGGAAAUUAAAACCGAAACUACCGGUUCUUUUGCGUAUAAUUUUGCGGUGCUAACAAAAGUACCGGAAGAACCGAAUUUGUCGGUUAACCGCACAGCUCUAGAAACGAGAUUUGCACUUUCCUUGUAACGAAUUUUAAAAUUUUUACCAGAAAAUUGAUCACAACAAUCAAAUCAGAUGCAAGUUUGUUGAAAAUGUAAGUAAAGUGUUGUAUCGAGGUUAUAUCGUGAAAGGUGAUCAGGGUCGGUGGGUAAAGCAGAAAUGACGUUGGUACUCUAUUCAAUUUCCAAAAUAGUGGCGGACACUAUACCUUGAAUGAAUAUUAAAAUCUAUUUUAAUACAUAUAGUCAUGAAUUGAUAGAACAUUCUAUGCGGAAACCAAGCAAAGUUUAUUGCUGCAUAUUGCAGAGUCCUCCCCAUUCUCAUUUGUAUGUACUGUACGUCAGGUGUAAUAUAGUGGCCUGGCGCAGAGAAAAACUUUGAGCAGGUCUAUAUUCUUGCUUGAUCAUAAAAAUGGCAAUGCUUGCCUGAUUAUUCUCAGGUGAAAUCAGAUCGUCAUUGCAAACGAUUAUCUAAAAUUGUCAUUACUUCAUUUUUUAAUGGUGCACGCUAAUUGUAGUUAGUAUUUUAGGGUAAUCAAUGUGUGAAAUACAUCAGCAAGAGGGCAAAGUCUGGAUAUUGUACUGCACAUAGGACGGUGAUUAGGAUAUCAAAACAAAGUAAGU